GAGUGAAAAGGGCACGGAAAAGGCUAGAAUUGCGGUGUCGGUCAACAGAAAAAUGGUGGAGUUAUCAGCUAAGAACGAAAAAUGAAAAUGUGCAAUUGAAAAUGGAUCGUACUAGUAACACCCUUUUUAAAACCAACUUCUAUUUCUCUCAUUAUACGACCGAAUUGUUUGUAGCGGUCCAAGGGUUGAAGCACCUUACAGUAACAGGCACAACUCGCUACAAAAACAUCAGACCGAUAGUAUUUUCUCCCGCGAGCGCGAAGAGAGCCGCAUGACACUGGUAUACUCUUUUUGGCAAUUCAUCGCGAUACUCCCGAGUGUUAGAAACGUCCUGGUGUUGGACCUGUGAAGGUCUCAGGGAUGUUUCCUAUUAAACUGCUAUCGCUCUGAUAGUUUUGUAGCGGGUUGAGCCAAUUACUAAGAUUAAGGCUCCUGCUGACUAACAAAACUCAUCGCUCAGUUCUGCAUCCAUGGUGUACAGUGAGAAUUCUAGUUGAAUACUAGACGUAGAGAGACGCAGGAGCUCCCAGAUGAAUGCUGGACAGCUCGAACAAGAUGGGCAACGCAUGAGCCGUCAGCCAUCGCGGCUAUGGCCACGGGGGUCUAGCGAUAGCUUGCCGAAAAGAGCUUACCAGUGUCAUGCGGCUCUCUCGUGCGCUCGCGGAUGAAUAGGUGCCUAUCAAUUCGACAACAACAAACAACAAAGAUCAAUCUAACAAGAACAAAGGUUUGAAACCUGCUGCGGGUGGGACGAAGCUCUAUCGUAAGAUUAUCCAAGCAAAAAAGUUUCCGCGAAGGGAAGACUACUUCAGAACCUCUCCAAGUCGUAAACAAGAAUUAUAGACCUCCUUACCGCAACCACAACAAGUUAGUCGUGGCCAGACUAGUGACAAACUACUAGUACACAGUAAUAAGACUAACAUCAAAGAAAUACGGAACCUACCUCCACCGAAACUAAAGCAACAACCACAACAAGCAACAAAAAUGGAGUCAGUCUACGACUACAAGCGCCGUGUGGACUGGAUUCUUAGUGAGUCCGCGUACGUCUUCUCAACGCAGUACGAAGCCAGAAAUCACAAUGUCUGGCUCUAUAACGCAGACGCUGAGGUUGACGACCAAGACUUCACACCGAGGGCGGAUAUUGCGGAACGUACUUUCAUGGAAACAGGAGUUAGCAUUUAACAUUAAGACUAUCUUUUCUACUUCGUAUCUUCUAUAGUAUAUCUAAUAUCUUACUGAAGUUCUAUUCGACACGAGUGAAUGGUGAGAUCGUUUACGACAUCCUUUACGAGAUUUUCAUCCAAACUCGAAGUCGCCGACACACAAUCACCAUACAGCCACCUACGAGGAGCCACCGCCACCUGCUGCUGCGACGCCUUCGUUUCUCUUUCUCCUCGGAGACUAUCUAGCGCUUGGUUACGGUAUCGGGGAAGCCUGGGGAAUCAUCAUGAAUAUGCCUCUAGCGUUUUGGGCGACUUUUCUCCUCCUUCUCUUCCUCGUCCUACGCUCCGUCCACGCACUCGUUCUGCAAGUGGUAGAGAGCAUCAUUUGCCAUUUCGUUAAGGCUACCGCUCAAGCAUCCUCAGCAUCAUCCUUGGCUUUUUUUCUGCUUGAAAAAGAAGCAUCCAAGGAUCUGACUCUCAAGGAAGGUGCUACUAACGCAAUAGCUCUAAUUUUGGAGUGGUUGGGGUUAUACUCCUGUCGUCAACGACGUGGGUCACAUGGCCAGCGUUUUUGGCAACGAUAAUGCGCGCUCUCAACUCAGUGGACGGCAUUAUGUAUGCGAAUUGCUUGCAAAUUUUUUCUGGUCUCUACUUGGUUCUUCACUACAAUAUAACAAAGAAAGUCUAAGUCACAGUUACAAGAAGAGUACCCUUUUGACUACUCGGUAACUACCAAAAAGUAAAAACCACAGUGAGCCAUUGCAAGGCUGAGCCAUUGAUGAGUGCUUCGUCAUUGUCGACCCACUUCAUACCCGAGAACGGCGUUUACGUACGCUAGUGGUUUGCGAUGUCCCGAAAAAGAACGUAGCUCCCAAAACGCGCAAAUCAAGGGAUAGUACUUACGAGAUUUGAACACGCUUCAUUUCGUAUUCAUUCGUCCAAUCAACAUCGAGCUUCCACUCAAGAGGAGCCCAAAGGCUUUAGCGGUUUUUCACUUUCCCUACCUCCCACCCUUGUUGCGCUGGCUCGGUGCUCGCGACGCUUCCUUGUGUUGUGUUGCCUGCGCUGACAACCUUACCUGUGCUCGCGACGCUUCCUUGUGUUGUGUUGCCUGCGCUGACACCCUUACCUUGUGUUGCCUGCGCUGACACCCUUACCACCCCUCCAGCACACUAUCAUCAAGGGGGAGUGCUUGUACUUCCGAGAUUUGAAUACGCUCCAUUUCAUAUUCAUUCGUCCAAUCUCCUGCUUCUUACCCCUCUAAUCCACAUCGAGCGUCCACUCAAGGCCUUCUGAUGUAUCGAGUAUUGGCGAGGAUACGCAUGAUGUGCAUGCCGAUUCGAGAUUACACAAUGGUUCACCCAGACAUGCGGAUGCCGCGAGCUCCUUUUUCUCAAAUGUAGAAACAACUGUGUCUUUAUGACGUCGUGAAUUUAAUAUGGAUUAUACCUUUUAAGAGAUUCCAAACGACUUCUAGGACUACGUCUUAGUGGCGACCACGUCGACGUCCAGUGUUUAGGGUUUGGGUUUAGGGUUUAGGGUCGUAGCCCUAUUCCUGCCUUUAUUUAUCAGCGACCUCUUUCUUUAGUAACAUGCCCGUGCAUGAUGAUUCCACUUCCCUGCUGGCCACUGCCCUGCUUCCCACUGCCCUGCUUCCCACUUCCCUGCUUCCCACUUUCAUCUCCACGCCAAGACGUCGAGCAUUUUUUCCGAGAGAAAUGUGGCCCAUUGGAGAUACCGUUUCGAGUCUCAGAGAUGCGUGAGCGUGGCGAAUGCGUAGAGUGGGACGUACAGUUUCAGGAUGCUGGCGGGUUUGAGAGCUUCAAUCUCAUGACAGUUUUGAAGGAGUGCGCAGUGGAACCAGUGACGCAGUGGGGUAGCUGGGUACUAUAUUGAUAAGCUGUAGAAUAGGUGGCUGUAGUUGUACCCGUAAGUUCACACUGUCAAUCUAGUCCAACACCAACCAAAUCUAGUACUUUAACUUUUUUCGACCACCACAAAUAACAGGCAAUGAUCAACCCAAUCUAGUACUUUUUUCGACCACCACAAAUAACAGGCAAUGAUCAACCCAAUCUAGUACUAGUGGCUUUUUUCGACCACCACAACUAACAGGCAAUGAUCAACCCAAUCUAGUACUUUUUUCGACCACCACAACUAUCAGGCAAUGAUCAACCGUUGCCAAGUCCGAAUACGGCCAAAGUUGGGCGAAACCACCGCAGGCAUAGAAUAUGUCACGCAUUUUCUCGUUUACCUCUACGAUUCAUUUGAGACAAGAUAUUGUUAUGGCUCAUAUUCAUUUCCAACUCGAUCAGGCUCAAAUUCAGUUCCAACUCGAUUAGUUUAUAAGUUUUCACGUAGUCUUCUUAUCAAGUAAGUAACUGCUCUCAGCUUUCUUUCUCAGCAGACAGCUCUUCUCCUUGUCCUCGCAGAAACUCAGAAGCCCUUUCUCGCUGAUUUUCAACGUAGCCAGUGUGUGCGGGCCAGCCGUGAACGUGAUCGUCCUCACAACUUUCUUUUCUAACUUCUGGUGCAGCUAACCCUCUCCAUCUACAUAUCGUUAGCGAUGGUCGAACUUUUAGUCCCACGAAUGAUGACUGAAGGAGGCGAACUACUGGAGUUCAUACUCUCAUCCGCGUUCAGGCUGAUAGAUGGAGGGGAUAAAUACUUUGGUACUUCUGACAGUUUUAUACUCAACAAUUCUGAUUCUCUGUUUUAUACUAAAUAGCUUUGUUUUCUACUCAACAAUUCUGAAGAUUCUCUCUGUAGUUCUUUCGUCGUGGGAUUGUUUAGUUCUAUUGCUCCUCGAGGUGUUCUUGGCCCUCCUCGUCGUCCCGGGAUUGUUGACCAACAGAGUCCUCGAGGUGUUCUUGGCCCUCCUCGUCGUCCCGGGAUUAUUGACUAACAGAGACGAUACUACUAGAGUAUAAAGGUUUACGAUAUUUAAGCAAUAAGAGAUAUGUUGUUGAAGUAAGUGGAUAAUGAUGAUGUGGCUGGUUUUUUCUACAACUAUGGCCUUUUUACUGGGAUAUGAAAUCACAGUUCAAACGCUGCGUAGUGGCCCUUUUUGUUGCUAUCUCACAGUAGGGCUCCUCUGGAAUACUGCUUGAGUUUCUUGAAGGCAACAAAAAUGUCCUGUAACUUGAUAGGUGGCGCCUCGCCUCAGAUCUUGUUAAAUUUGUAUCUCACAAACCUGUAUGACAAAUCCUAUUUACAAUGACAAAGCCUUCCAGGAUCACCUUGACUCUCACAUGUGAGUAACGGAUCAAGGUGAUCCUGGAAGCACGAAGUAAACAAGCAAUCGUGUUCUUUCGUCGUGGGAUUGUUGAGUUCUAUUAAAAAAAAACGUGGGAUUGUUUAGUUCUAUUUCGUCGUGGGAUUGUUUAAAAAAAGAGCUCUUUCAAACCUCUCGCUCCGAAACUAUCAGAUAUGGAAUGGAUUCGCGUGGGUGCCAGUGCUUUUCUACUGGCUUUAAUCGUGUCUUUUUGCGGGUACCAAAGUUGGGCAGAUUCUACUGAAGUACGUAAAAACCUCGAAAGACAUACUGCAGGCAAAGGCGCACCUCAGUUCGACCGCCCACGGUUGCCAUCAUUAAGGCGACCUAGAUCAAAAAGCUUAUAAGAAUCUCUCAUUUAUUUCAGAAGCACCCUAGGAACGUGUUAUUAAAGGGAAAAACGAAAAUCAUUUUCAGAAGGUGCAACUCAAGAUAUACUAAAGUUGGAUAGUGAUGCUUUCUACCCCUUGCUGUGUAACUACAGCAUCAUUGGGGAAAGUCUAACAACCACAGCCGAUCUACUACGUCGUCGUCGAAUGACGACUAUGGCUGGAGUGGGAGAAGGUGACUUUGGAAAGUUUAGACCUAGUGGAGGAGGACAAGGACAUGAAGAGUCGGGAGGUUCAGCGUCGCCUCAUGAAGGUGCAGCAUCUAGUGGAAAGAAAAAAAGUAAGUAG